AUCGAAUCGAAUCGAAUUCGAUCAAGAUUGCUAGCUUCGAUUCGAUUUGCACGAAUGAUCCAAAGUUUUGGGGAAACCAACACGUCAGUCAUUGGCCAAAGACACACGUACAAAAUACCACGUUGGAUGCUCGUACGUUUACCCAAAACGAGAAAGUAUUCUACAUACACAAGGCUUUUGCAUUGGGAUUCUCACUUUUAGCUGCGGAACAAAAGCAGUACUUGUAUCCUUCGUGUAAUAGAAAGAAGCAACAAUGGCGGACAAGUUCGACGUCGACGCCAAAACCUUGAACAGGUUUGUCAUGGCAAGCACCCAUGACCACGAUUUGGUCAUUUUGAUGAAUGCCAUCGGAACUUCAUGCAAACUGAUCACGUCUGCUGUGCAGCGUGCCGGUGUUGCCAAGCUUUAUGGUUUGGCGGGAGAGGUCAACAGCACUGGAGACGACCAAAAGAAACUUGAUGUUAUGUCGAAUGAUAUGAUGAUCAAUGCAUUGGUCAACUCUGGAGUCUGCUGUGUCCUUGUUUCCGAGGAAAACGAAGAACCAAUCAUUGUACCUCCCGGAAGGGCCGGAAAAUUCUGCGUUGCAUUCGAUCCUUUGGAUGGAUCCAGUAACAUUGAUUGUAAUGUUAGUGUUGGAACCAUCUUCAGUGUCUACGAACGAAAACCUGGCAGUGACGGAAAUGCCGAUGAUCUUCUCCGUUCUGGAGCUGACUGCGUCUGCGCUGGAUAUGUGGCCUACAGUUCUGCCGUGGAGAUGGUCUUCACAUUCAAGGGUGGAGAUGUCCAUGGUUUCUGCCUGGAUUCCACCAUUGGAGAAUUUGUCCACACCAGAGAAAAGAUGAUCUUCCCACAGGACGGAGGAAAGACUAUCUACUCGGCCAACGAGGGAAAUGCUAUCCACUGGGACCAGCCAAUUCAGGAUGCUAUUGCCGAAUUCAAAAAGGGAGAACCCAAGCCUUACUCUGCUCGAUACGUCGGAUCGAUGGUGGCUGACAUUCACCGUACCAUCCUUUAUGGGGGAAUCUACCUGUACCCAGCCGACGUGAAAUCUCCAAAGGGAAAGCUUCGUCUUCUCUAUGAAGGUAUUCCCAUGGCCAUGAUUAUUGAACAGGCUGGGGGAAUUGCUUCCACUGGUAUGUUUGAGGGCAAGAUUCAGAGAGUUUUGGACCUUGUACCCGAUGAAAUCCAUGCAAAGUGCCCCAUCAUCAUGGGUGGAAAGCGCGAUGUCCAAAUUGUGUACGAUCAAUACAAGAAGCAAGGAGUCGAAACACCCACCCUUUAAAUUGGUACUUUCACGGAGUGAACGAGUGAACCUCUUUUCAUAAAGUCUUAUGAGCGGACAGUAUUUUGUACCGCUUCUCUGCAAAAUUCUCAGCCAGCCUAAGGAGCAAAAUGAAUGUUGCCAUAGCUUCUAAGUUUAUUAACAGUGUUCCAUAUAAUUUU